CCCGUUUCGCAGGGGGCAGUGACUUUCGAGGAGGUGGCCGUCUACUUCUCCCCCGAGGAGUGGGUCGAGCUGGCGGCAUGGCAGCGGGAGCUCUACCGGGAGGUGAUGAUGGACAACUAUGACCUGGUGACCAGUUUGG